UUUGUUGUCUGGCUAAAUUCAGUACUUGCAAGUUGUGAGGUAGAGGGAGAGAAAGUGCAGCAGAGAGUGCAGUUGCAACUUGCCAACAUCAACAAUAAUAAACAACAACAACAAAAUGUCUCAAGACAGUAAAAAGCUUAAAAGAAAAAAUUCAAAAGAAGUCGAAUUGUCAAAUGAAAAAUUAUCAAAACCAAAAUAUGGACGUGUACCUUCAUUUCCUCAUCAAAAAAUAUGGUCAAGAUGUAUAUUAAUGAUUGGUGUUGUUACAAUUGUUUGGUACAAUAGCAAAGCAGGAAAAGAAAUAAUAUUUGCCAAACAAAAAGAUGUUAUAUCAAUGAAAAAUCAAAUAAUUGAAUGUUCAAAUGAUUUUAAAAAUGAUUUAAUUAAAUAUCCAAAAUGUAUGCCUGAUAAAUGUGCAAGAAUUGUAACAGAUGAAUUAAUAACAUCAUCAGAAACAAAUGUUUUAUUAAAUAUAGCAAUUGAUGGAUUAAAAUAUGGUGGUUCUGAUGGUGGUGCAAGUAUACUUGAUCUUCACAGUGGUGCACUUAGUAAAGGAUCAACAUUUAUCAAUAUUUAUUCAAUUAAAAAAGCACAAAAAUUAUUUACACAUAAUGAUUUUUCAGUUUACAAAAAUGUUAAAAAUAAAAUUCAACAUGCUAUUGCUCAUCAUUUUGGUAUUGAUGUCAAUAAAUUAUAUCUGACAAAGCCAACAUUUUUUUCAAGAAUAAAUAAUAAACCAGCUAAAACAACUCAUGAUGAAUAUUGGCUACCACAUGUUGACAAAAUUACUUAUGAACAUUUUCAUUAUACAUCUUUAUUAUAUUUAAAUGAUUUUGAUAAAGAUUUUCAAGGAGGAAGAUUUAUAUUUAUUGAUAAGCAUAAUGUUAAUACAACAAUUGAGCCUAGAAAAGGAAGAGUAUCAAUGUUUACUUCUGGUAGUGAAAAUUUACAUGCUGUUGAACGAGUUACAUCUGGUACAAGAUAUGCAUUGACAAUAUCAUUUACAUGUAAUAUUGAAGCAGGAAUAACUGAUCCAGUAUUAAUUGGUUAAUUAUUUAUAUGCAUUUGUAAUUUACAGUAUUAUUAUUUGUAAAUAAA